UCAGCUCCAAGCUCUCCCCCAGAUCUAGCAGUGCAACUAAGUUUCAGGAGGAACCAAUUCUCAAUUCAAUUUCGAAGAUGGCCGUCACCUUCGGAUCGAUCCUUGGGUUCGACAAUGGCAUCAUGGUGGCUCCCAUGGGUGCCGAUGUCGCUGGAAGCGCCCUUGUUGCUGCCGUAGCCAAUGCUGGAGGAAUUGGCCUCUUGGCCAGUCCAGUGAAUAGCUACGACUUGACCGUGAACUUGAUCACGGCGACCAAGAAGCUGACGACCAAGCCCUUUGGAGCUGGUAUUCUCUUGGAGUUCGAUAACACGAAGAGCAUUCAGGCAAUCUUCGAUGAGAAGCUUGCGUGCCUGCAAGUCUACUGGGGUGACUUCCCAAAGGAGAUGGUGGACGAGGCCCACAAAGCGGGAGUGAAAGUUUUGCACCAGGUUGGAUCGAUAAAGGAUGCAGAGAAGGCUAUUGCUGCAGGUGUCGACUGCAUUAUAGCUCAGGGCGUUGAAGCCGGAGGGCACAUCAUUGGAACAGUGGGCUUGAUAGCUUUGCUGCCGAGAGUUGUGGAUCUCGUCGGCGACAGGGACGUUACAGUGGUGGCUGCAGGUUCCAUCGCCGAUGCCCGCGGAUACGUUGCUGCCCUAGCACUUGGUGCCAAGGGUAUCUGUAUGGGCACAAGGUUUGUUGCAACGAAGGAGGCAUACGCUCAUGACUUCUACAAGCAUCAGCUGCUGCAAUACACAGAGGCAGACACCGAUCGCACGGACCUCUACAGCCGAGCGACAUGGAGAGCCUACGUUCGCUGCCUCAACACCCCCUUCCACAACCAGUGGAGGAACGCUCCUGAGACCGUCGAGAACGACGACUCCCAACCCAUCAUCGGCUACUCCAUAAUCAACGGCGGGGAAGCUGUUCUUCGGCGAUUCAACGGGAACACGCCGAACCCAACCACAGCGGGAGAGCUGGAGAACAUGGUGUACUAUGCAGGCCAAGGUGUUGGUCUGAUCACGGAGAUUCUCUCGGCCGCAGAUGUCAUCUCCACCUUUGUUGAGGAUGCGAAGAAGAUCAUCACGGACUUGAACGAUAAAUACGUUGCAGCCACCACCUCAACUACCACCGACACCACCACUUCUUCUUGAUUACUUCACCGAUUGAGUGCUAAUAAACGUGGGUCUCCAUUUUCACUUAGAGGCGAUUAGGACUCGUGUAUGUCUGAAUAAAUUAAAAGGGCGAUGCGAUCUAGUGUUUUCAUGCAUCUUGAAUAAGCUUUUGGCACCAGCGGGGAGAUUUGAUUUAGUUCCUAAUUAAUCUCUCUGCUUGUUGCUCAAGGCAUUGGGUGGUGUUGAUCUUUGUGCUUGGGGUUCUGUUUGUUAUGAUGUCAUGUAUGAGUGUGAAAAGCCUCUUUCUUUCCUA